GAUUGAGUAUUGACGAAGCCCGAGAGAGAGCAGCAUAAGGCAGUUAGACAGUGUCGCAGCGGAUCUCAUCUCCAACGAAACGAAACCUUGGUUCCCCUUUCUCUGUCCUCACUCGUGUGCGUGCGUCCCGAGGAGAGUGAGCGAGCGAGCGAGCGAGUAGGGUUUCAAAUUCAAUCGGAACAAAUCCAAAUCGGAAUCGGAAAAAAUGGGAGGAGGCGGCGGCGAUCACGGCCACGGCAACGGACACGGAGAUUUCAGGAACAAGGUAUGGAGCAUGACCGGUGGCCCUCAUUGUCGUCCCAAGCACUGGAAGCGCAACACUGCCAUUGCCAUGUUCGGCGUUGUUCUCGUCUGCAUCCCCAUCGCCAUGAAAUCCGCUGAACUCGAGCAACGACCACAUCACCCUGUUCGCCCCAUCCCUUCUCAAAUCUGGUGCAAGAACUUUGGAACUAAAGACUAUGAAUAAUCCAGGAUCAUCAGUUGCAUCACUGGUUUGGGUGUUCACAUCUUUUCAAACAAAAUUUAUUUGUUAAGUGGAGUACGAGCAGCUUUAAAGAGUUGCUGUUGUUAAUGUUAUGCAGGACUUGGAUAUAGGAUCAUUUAGUGACAUCCUUUUUUUCUUUUUUGCUACAUUUGAUGGACAUCCAUUUUAGAAAUGAUGAAAUUAAAUAAGUGCCUAUUUGUGGAAUUUUUAUCUGAAGGCUUGUU